ACGCGUCAGUCACGUCAGUAUCAGUAGUAAAUAACCAUGAACGUUCGUGAUAUGUACUAAGCUUUAAGAUUAAUUCGUGGCUUUUGACAGGGAAAGAAGUCCUUAGGAUCCUUCGGCAGACUAAAAAAGUUCCCAAGUAUUUGCAGUGAACGAGAGGUCAAGUGAACAAGACUCGAUCGCCUUCAUAGUUCAAUUAUUAGGUCACCGCGCUUGUCUUUUGGCCUAAAUUUUAUGUUAUACCAUAAUCAAGUCUACCGCCUUUAGCGGUUUUAGCAGCUGACAUCUCAAGGUAUUUUUCGUGGAUAAUCAUUCAAGUUUUAGGUAAUUCGAUAGAAAAGCUCAGCUGUGUUUAGUACCAACCCUCCGGGAGGAACGUCCGAACCAUAAACAAAAGACGUGAAGGAAAACUGAUUCCAGAGACCGCCACUAUUUACCAUUUUUAUUCGCCUCUCGCCAAUUUCGAUAAACAAGUGGAUGAUGAUGAUCAUGAUGAAGAUUCUGACUCACCGCUCUGAUAAGAGGCCGAUGGAAUGGAAAUCCGAUUGGCUGUGUUGGUGUCAGACCGAACAGAAGAAGGCAGUGGACGAGGAAAAAGAUAAGAUAAAAGAUUCUGAAAAUACGAUACAAAGAAGCAUCGGUUACACUCCACAAGGACCACCCAGUUAUUCAUACAGAUACGAGGUAGAUGUACAUACGUGGUCAACUCGAUCUUCCUUCCGCCCAGUAUAUCUUCCAUUACUAACUUCGGCCAACGGUACCGUGCUCUCAUUAUUCUAUGAGAAUUUCUAGUGAUCCGUAAUUAGUUGUCUCUAUUUGGGACCUAAUCUACACUUAGGAAUUACAAAAUUGUGUAUAAAUGUUUGAUCUUUAUCACAUGAAUAAAACUGAU